GCCACAUACCGGUAUGAACGCAAUAAAACUCAACUGUCUAACGUACUACCUAAACCAGGCGUGGUAUCGGUCAGUUAAGUUGUAUUAGACCUUUGUUAGAAGUAGGCAGUUUUUGAUAGUUGGUUUCUUAUUUUACUUUAAUGUUUGAUACAAAACGAGGCCAGACUCGAAAUAGAGGUACAGUGGUGGCUAAGUAUGCUUACUAUGAAAUUAAACGAGUGGUAUAUUUGAAAAAAUUUAGAGAAGGAAACCGAGCGAAUGGUCACGGAUUACAUGCUCAUUUAUGCGUGAUAAAGUAGCAACUGAUCUAAAGGAUGCGCCGGCGAUAACAAAACGCGAACCGUCAAUCUGCAAAUGCCCUAUUGACCCAGUUUUAAACGUUGAUUCAAUGUAAAACGUUACAGUAGUAAAAAGCAGCAUGCAAGCAUUCGAGAUUGUGCAAGUAACAGUUGUGUAAUUGACGUGACUUGGACCACGGUGAAAGUCACCUCGGUUGGACCAGAAAUCUUUGAAACAUAUUUAAUCUUGUUUUGAUAAAUAUUUUUAAACUACCAGACAAUAAUUUAUCAAGUGUUUCAUUUAUUCAAUUGGCUGGGGUUUCCAGUUUAAGAACUUAAAAUGGAGGUAGAAAAACUAUUAAAACGGAUGAAUUAUUGCGGACCGAUUGACCACACUAGUAUUGAUAUUCUGAAUGAGCUUUGUCUGUCAUUUGUGUCAACAAUACCGUAUGAAACCUUGGAUAAUUUUGCGGAGAAGAAACGAGCAACACGACCCUAUGAUUUGAAAGUAACUUUCAACAGAAUUGUUAAUGAACACAGGGGAGGUAAUUGUCUUGAACUGAAUAUGACAUUGGAGUGGAUGCUGGAGAAGCUUGGUUAUAAUGUCAGUAGAUAUAUGGGCUAUGGUUACGAUGUUGAAAACGAUUGCUUUGGACAUGACCGUCAUCAUGUCAUUUUAUUAGUAACAUUUGAAGAUGGAAUGACCUGGUUGACAGAUGUAGGUUGGAACGGUGCUUCCUUUGUGUUGCCGUUGCUGAUGCAUGUACCUACUUUAGAGCAAUCUCAACCUAGUGGCAUUUACAAAGUUGCCAAGUACGACGAUGGCUAUUAUGUAGUCGAAAAAAGAUGGCACAAUCAAGUGGACGAGGAAAAACAGAUUAUCAAACACAAUCAAAAAGAUAAUGAAGCUUUGAGUCGAUACCAAACCAGCAAGGAUUGGAUGGUAAUAUACGGGUUUAAAUUGGAAACAAAGCCAAUGGAAGAAUUCGAAAAGGCCUUUGUUUUGUCACAAGAAAAGCACCCAUUCACGACUUCCAACUGCCUUGCUAUACUACAGGACAGAUAUCAUAGGAGAUUUAUGAAUGGGUAUACAUUUGUCAAAAAGAUAUACGUUAAUAGCAUGAUGAUUCAAGUGGAGAAACGAAAAUGUGAAAAUAGUGAAUUAAUUGAAAUUCUAAGGUCAGAAUUCGGCAUAAAUCUGGGUUACAAACUCCAACCUAAAACCGAUUUGCCACUCAAUGUCGCAUAAUAAAUAAAAAUAAACUCUUUAAAUCACAGUUCGCGUUCAUGCAUUUGCUAUCAACGUUUGCGUAUGUUUUUUGAACGAGCUACUGCAAAGGUAUCACCUCAUUUUAUUUGGUUAAUUGUUCAAAUAUGUUAUAUAUAUCGUAAACUUAUCUGGAUUCUGAGAGCAGUUUGAAAUACAAUAUUAAAGAAAAAAAGCGUUAAUAAAUAUGCUAAAUCUUUCCAAGUCCAGACGAUGAUAGAUUAAGAUCAUCUAAUCUAACAGAAUUACUGUUUUUGCAAAUGGGAUUGAUGAAUCAACUUUUUUUUUAUCAUUGGUAGUGAUGAUACAAUUUUUAGGUAAAACAAAUAGGAUUUUAUUAGAAGAGUGCACAUAUAGAUGCGUAUUAGAAGGUAUUUCCACGAGGCAAAGCAGCGGAUACAUUCAACGGAGAAAGCAUAUUAAUGUUUUUGUUGCCGUCGUCUAUAACGCCAAUUUUCAUUAAUAUAUAUUUUGAUUUCACAAAACAAAACCAUUGAUUUCGUCUCAAUUAGCUGCAUAAAUAGCUUCGGGUGGAGUCAGCAAUAUCCCGAAAAAUAUUUUUGUAAUAAAUAUAAAUAAAUCA